AAUAAAGUCAUUAAAUAUGAUUGAUUUAUUCUUUCUGUAUCUACUGGACACGAUUUUCCUAACGGAGUUGUCAGUCAGUCAGCUACAACGUAGGACCAGGCACAUAUGUGCAUCGGUCCACGUUGACAUACCUCAUUAGCACAGCAAGAUGAACACCGAAUUCGUAGGAGUGUUUAAGUCGAUGGUGGUAAUAUAUAAAAGAAAGAUUGCAUAUAAGGAUAUAGUACAGGAAGAAACAAUUAGUUCGUAGAAAGAAAGAUAUGAAGUGAUUUUAAUCUCAUAUUUUAAGGGAAGACAAAGAGUGUAUACACUUACGCCAUUGUGAUCAAUUCUGAGCCAUGUCAUCAAGAGUCUCUAACCAUUGGUUACGAUAAUCACGCGGACCCGAACCAAGUAGUCUGCAUCUACCAACAUGGCUCAGACUAGAAGUUAAUGAUUUCAAUGACUGAUGCCACGUUUUGAUUUGCCCCCUAACUUUCUUACAACCAUCCCCAACACCAGAUAGUAUUUUGCGUCGUGGUAAUCGGGUUCAGGCAUACGCAACACAUUGUCCAACCAUCUCAGUCGAUGAAGAUUUACAACCUCAUCGACUGAUUUAACAUCAUUACCUAAUAUCCUGCGUCUAACCUCACUAUUACUUACCUGGUGAUCCCAGCAGAUGCCAGUAAUAUUUUUAAGGCAUCUGUGGUCAAAUACUAGUAGCUUACGAGUAUCUCCUACUCUUAAUGGCCACGUUUCGCAGCUGUAAAGUAAAAUAAAACGAAAUGCUGCGCAAUAUACUCGUCCUUUUAUUGAUAGAGGGAUAUCUCGCCUUCAUCAUAGGUGACGUGAGUCAACUCUAACGGAGUUGACUAGUUAAGUGUUGCAUACUUGAUAGAUAUCUGGAUUUAUCGUUUGUUCCGUAGUUGAUGUAAUUUAAUAUGUAUUUAAACGAAGGUUUUGCACAAUUGUCUAGACUUCAUCGGUGCAUAUUGUGAAUAAUAAAAUUGUUCAAUCAAGUAAAGUAGUUUACAUUCUAAACUACUUCACUAAUUGUCUUCAAACUAAAGGUGUCUUGCAUUUUCUAUAGACUGGCUUCCGUCAUACUUCGUAGGUUGUUCAAGACCCGAGAAAGAUUGACUCGCGAGGAGCAGGCUGGGUUUCGUUCUGGUCGAGGAUGUAUUGAUCAUAUAUUCACCCUCCGCCAAAUGUUAGAACACCGCCAUACUUAUCAAAGUCCAACAAUCGUAGUGUUUCUUGACAUCAGGGCUGCCUUCGAUUCGUUGGACAGGACUGUUCUCUGGGAUUGUCUAUUGAAGAAGGGUGUGCAUGAGGAGUUUAUUAACAUCCUAAAAGCCCUAUAUAAAAACACCUCAGGCAGAGUGAGGGCAUACAACCACCUCUCUCCAUCGUUCCAUUCGAGCAGUGGGGUUAGGCAGGGUUGCCCAAUCUCACCAUUCCUCUUCAACUUUGCCAUCGAUGACAUUCUGGAAACAGCUCUGAUGGAUGUAAGUAAUGGCGAUGUGGAUCUGUUGCCUGGAGAAAGACUUCUCGACCUUGAGUAUGCGGACGAUAUUGUCUUACUGUGCGGUAAUGCCCAAGGCAUGCAAUGCGCACUUAAUCAGUUGGCAAUCAGUGUCCGUAGGUAUGGUAUGUGCUUUGCACCUUCGAAAUGCAAAGUACUUCUACAAGACUGGCAGGAUUCUAAUCCUAUACUCACCCUGGAUGGUGAGCAGAUAGACGUAGUCGAGAAGUUCGUGUAUCUGGGUAGCUGCAUAAGUGCUGGUGGUGGCGUGAGUGAUGAGAUCAAUGCACGUAUAUUGAGAGCCAGAGCGGCUUAUGCCAAUCCGGGCCAUCUUUGGAGCCUUCGUGAUGUUAGUCUGGCUGUAAAAGGUCGGAUCUACAACGCGUCGCUGAGAGCAGUUUUGCUCUAUGCUUGUGAAACCUGGUCUCUCCGAGUUGAGGACGUUAGACGACUCUCUGUGUUUGAUCAUCGCUGUCUCCGAAGUAUUGCUGACGUUCAGUGGCAACACCAUGUCAGUAAUGCAGAGGUUCGGCAUCUUGUGUUCGGGCACAGAGACGAUAAUCCAAUUGGUGUCACCAUCUUGAAACACCGACUUCGGUGGCUUGGACAUGUUCUCCGAAUGUCGUCCCAGAGAAUUCCACGUCGUGCAUUAUUUGCCGACUCUGGGACUGGUUGGAAGAAGCGGAGAGGUGGUCAGUGCAUGAGAUGGUGUCGUGGCAUGAAAGAAAGCUGCAAAGGGCUGGCUUCUGUUGGUCCUUCACGACUCCCUGGUUGGGGUCUGAGAGAUGGUGCUACACAGUGGCUAGAGACGUUAUCAGAUAUGGCUCAGAAUAGAAGCCAGUGGCGAUCCUGCUGUAACCUUCUUUUACUUUCUUCAUAAAAAGUGGUUGUGUGUUUCCCUUACCUGAAAGAUUUCUUCUGAUUGUACCUUCCCGUUCCCUCAUUUCUACCAUACUACCUUACACCAAUCUCCUCGUUAUUGUUCUCUUUUUUUUUCUAUUUCUCUUCGAAUUCUCAUUGUUUUGUGUGACGCAUAUAUAUUGGCGCUCUCUUGUACCAAUAUUCAUGUGUUCAAAUAAAUAAUAAAUAAAUAAAUUUUCUAUAGGUAUGAAACAUUUUCAGGCUUUUAUUUAACGUGUUCACAAUACGGUCUCAGUAUUUCUUAGUACUAAGCAGUAUCCCUUUCAAGACCAAGGAUUGUCACAAAAUUGUCUUUCGACAAGGCAAACGUUGUUUUUAGGUCAUUGAAAACGGUAUUGUAUGCUUUUUUCAGUCUGACAAACCUUGUACUACCGGGUUUUUAUCGAUUAAUUAAAAUUGAACUCUUUUACAC